GCUUCAGUGAACGUUGUUCCAGUUAAAUAAAGCUGUCAAAAUUUGACAGAAGUGUUGAAUAUGUCUGUAUGAAAAAUUAGAUUAAUUGUAAUAUGAGGAAUAUCCUGUUGCUUUGGUGAAUAUAAAUCAACUGAUCGUUCGUUAUAAUAUAUAUGAAAAUCCAUUGAGAUGACAUCAAAGACUGAAAUCACAUUGGAACAUUUUUAUGUCUUCAAUGGCACAUAUGCAAAGAAGGAAGGAGAGGAAGAGAAAAAAAUUCUAUAUUAUUACCCGGUAGUGACGGAUGCUGAUACUCAAAUAAAAAAUAUCGGCCUUGGCGAGGCGAUCAUUAAAUUUACCCAAUCUUUCAACCCAGGACAAGCAUGUGAUUAUUGUCAUACUCACAAAACUCGUCAAAUCUAUUACGAACCUGAACCAGAUUUCUGGAUGGUUAUGAUUGUUGGCGUACCGUAUGUUUGGAAGACCAAAGAUGAUACCGAAUAUAUUGAAUACCAGCAUGAUGAAGUAUCGAGCAGUGUUUGCCAGGCUAUUCUCAAACAGACUUAUGCAAUGUUCAGACUUUUUAUGGGAUCUUUUAAUACCAUCUUGAAUGAUCCUGACUGUGGUUCUGUUACUCUUUUAAAACAUAAGCUGGAUCAUUUCUACUCAAGGUAUCUUCUUUCCUUGAAAUUGAAUAACAGUGACAUUCUGGACGUUUUUCAAGGUCUGCAAUUUCUACCUCUGGAUAAAACUACCUUUCUUCAUGUACAAUGCUUCAUGAAUCUUGUAGAAGCUAUGUUUUCACAAGUAAAAUAUACUGCAUUUCUCUACAAUGAUCAAUUGGUCUGGAGUGGCUUAGAACCCGAAGAUAUGCAGGUCGUUUAUAAUUACUUAGUAAGCACACUACUUCCUGCCCAUCUGGAAACAGAAUUACACGGAGGAUCAAUGCCUCGCAAUUCUCCUUCACCAUUCACAAGUUCACAUUAUGGCAAAUUUGUGACCGGUCCAAGCAGCAUCAAUGAGCCCAGUGGAAUAGGGAAAUUACCUAAAGUGUUUAUCAAUUAUUCGUCAAAACCAGUCUCAUUAUAUUUGGUAGUUUAUCGAGCACUGAGUGCGACGUUAUGUUUGUUUGUAGAUAGCAGGACAAGUCUACUUAUGGAUUUUUUUAAAAGCUUGGACACCUUUCUCGGCCCGCAAUUAACUACCUUGGUCAGUUUGGUAGCGGAACAAUGCUCGAAGCAUGUAUCGUUCGCUGCUGAAUCGUGUCCAAAAUAUUUAUAUUUCAACAAACUGAAUUUAGCCUACAAGAGUACGAUUCAUUUGGAUAAUAGAAGAUGUUCUAAUGUACUUACGACACCGGAGGUACUGCGGAUAAUAACAGACAUAAACAACGACACCAAGAGAUUAAAAGAGGCUGGAGAAAUCGUCAUAAAAACUAUGAGCGAAUACUGGGUCGUUGGAAAACUCUCUAAUUUAAGAGAAUUUUUUGUUGUCAUACAACAAAAGAAUGCUAGUUUGAUUGAAAUUGAUGAUGAGGUGAGAAGACUUUGCGAUCAACAGUUGAAAAGUAUUUUUUUUCAUUAAUACCUCCUAAAAAUGUAACAUCGCUUAUUCGAACAAGUAUUAAGAGAAGAAUCAAACUGCAAUAAUCAGUGAAAAAUUGGUAAGCCCAAAACUGUUGCAGCAUUGAGCACAUUUAACCGAUGUGGUUUAAUGUCAUUCCGUUUUUCAUCAGGACGUCCAAACAAGCAUCCAAUUAUGCGAAUUACUCAUGAUAAUUGAGUUGUCAGGUAAGGAUUUGAACAUUUCAUCUGUACCGUACAGCAACGUGUAAUAUACUAGAUAACAAGAAAAGACUUCGAAGAAUAAUAAUAUUUAAUGUACAACGCAAUAAAUCUACAUCAACUUUACAUACAUACCCAUUGUUAUCAGAUAAGAAACAAUUCUGAACACAUUCGAAUAUUGAUUGAGAUAAAUAAUCAAGAAGAGUUGUAAAUAUUAUUUGACAGGUUGGAAAAUAGGGAGCACUUUAGAGUUUAAAAAUUGUAUAUUCAUUUGAAAUAUAAGAUGCAAAAGUUUUGUGUUUGCGAAUUGAUUUGACAGAAAUACAAAAAUGAAUGAUUA